AUGUUGCUCAACGCCGAGACAGGUAAGCACCCUGCCUUCUGGUGGUCCAUCUAUACGCUCCUCUCGCUCCGAAUUCCGCUCUUAUCUUCCAAGGUCCUUCUAGUCCCAUAUUCGACUUGGCACGUACCCCGCUACCAUGAAUGGAUGCAAGACGAGGAAAUCCAACAAGCAACCGCUUCAGAACCCCUGAGCGUCGAUGAAGAAUACGCCAUGCAACAAAGCUGGCGCCAGGAUGCUGACAAAUUAACAUUCAUCAUCUGCCAACAAAUAUCAUCACCAGAGCCAGCCUCUGCCCCUGUCCUAACAACAGAGUCCGACUCUCCACAAAACAUGGUCGGAGACAUCAAUCUCUUCCUCCGCGUCGAUGACGGAGACGAGGGUGACUCGCCCCCGCAAAUAGUCGGAGAAAUCGAACUUAUGAUUGCGGAAAAGAGUAACCAGCGCCGUGGAUUCGGCAAGGCAGCUCUGCUGGUCUUUAUGCGAUAUAUUAUUGAGCACCAGAGUGAGGUUUUGGAGGAAUUUGUGAGUCGGGGUGUUGAUGAUGUGGAGAGUGUGCGGAAGCUGAGAGAGGCGGGUCCAUUGGCUUUUGAAUGUUUCAGCGUGAAGAUUGGUCAGAAUAACUUGCGGAGUCUGGCUUUGUUUGAUGGGCUGGGUUUUGAUAGGCUUUCUCCGGAGCCGAAUUUCUUUGGGGAGUUUGAGUUGAGGAGGACGGAGUUGGGGGUUCAGAGGGUUGUUGGGGAACUUGGGGUUGCUGGUGUUGAGGGGUAUGGAAAGGCUGUUUAUACGCGGAGAGAAUAG